CUUUUUAGAACUCUCUGCCUCUCUCCCUCUCUCUCCCUCACAUUCUCUCACUCUAUCUCUAUACUUGAGUCCUCAUGUUACUAGUCUUUGUCACUGCUUGUUGCAUGGUGCAUCAUUUGGCUUGAGCUUUUUCUAUGAGCCUGUCUGUCUGUCUGUCUGUCUGUCUGUCUGUCUCUUUUGGUGGAUUCAGCUAUCCUCCCUUGCUGUGCACUGUGGAUCAGUUUGAAAACUGUAACAGAUCUGGAUUUUCUGCUGCAACCCUUGCUAGAGCAGCAUGUGGCGCUCUCUGCUCUCUCUGCUCCUUCUGUGUGGACUACACUGCCUAGAGGCUCAGAGGAGGGAUGAGGAAGAAGAGGACACCAGAACAAGAAGGAGGAAUACUGGAAGGUCACUGACGACCAACCUCAUCUCCAAAAAUGGCCAAAAUCGGGUGGCAGAGGACUGCAGUCUGGAGUUGGCGUUUUUGGUGGACAGCUCGGAGAGUGCCAAGGACAACCACGCGCAGGAGAAGCAGCUUGUCAUCGAUGUGGUGGACCGCCUGGGGGGGGUCCGGUUCCAAGGAGAGCGGAGCUUGAACUUCAGGACCGCCCUCCUGCAGUACAGCAGCAGCUCCAAGACGGAGCAAACCUUCCAGGAGUGGCAGGGCGUGGCCAACUUCAAAGCCCGCAUCCGGGACCUCCCCUACAUCGGCCAGGGGACCUACACCACCUACGCCAUCACCAACCUCACCCACCUGUACGAGCGCGAGACCUUUCCCGGCACGGUCAGGGUGGCCCUCCUACUCACCGACGGCGAGUUCCACCCACGGAACCCGGACAUCUUUUCCGCCAUGGCCGACGCCAGGAGCCAUGGCGUGUUCUUCUUCAUGGUGGGCAUCACGCCGGCCGCCACUGAGCUGGGCAACGUGCAGCAGCUGCGUAUGCUGGCCGACACACCCGCCCCGCGCUUUCUGCACAACCUCCAGGACAAGGGCAUCGUGGAGAAGGUCGUGAAGGAGAUAACAGACUUGGUGAAUGAAGAGUGUCGUCCUGCACAAUCGCCGUGUUCGUGUGACAAGGGAGAGAGAGGAUCUCCAGGAUCAGCUGGGAAAAAAGGUCGUCCAGGUGAUGAUGGCAUCCCAGGGCCCAAAGGGCUGAAGGGGGAAGGUGGACUUUCUGGACUUCCUGGUCGUGAGGGGACUUCGGGUACACCAGGAUACAAAGGAGAGAGGGGCGAGAGAGGAGAGUGUGGGACGCCGGGAUUGAAAGGAGACAGAGGUCCUGAGGGUCCGGUUGGUACUCGUGGAAGCAGAGGACCACAGGGUGUGGCCGGCCCCCACGGUGAUAUUGGCUCUGAAGGCCCCCCAGGGAACAAAGGAGAGAGGGGACUUUCAGGCCCACCUGGAAUUCAGGGUCUACCGGGGGUUGGUCUACCUGGCCCAAAGGGAUAUAUUGGCACCCAAGGAUUACAAGGCCCUCCUGGCCCACAAGGCCUUGGAGAACCAGGACUGCCAGGACCCCAGGGGCCACAGGGUGUCCAGGGAGAGAAGGGGCCCCAAGGGGAAGGCUUUCCAGGGGCAAAGGGAGAGCGGGGUGGAGAGGGGACAAAGGGUCCUAGAGGGGGGCCUGGAAUCAGCAUCAAAGGAGAUAAGGGUGAUUUUGGGCCUCCUGGAUCUUCAGGUCCACAAGGUCCACCAGGAGCAGGUGUCCAAGGAGAGAAGGGUAUAGAAGGACCAAGGGGGCCCCCAGGCCUGCGUGGAACAACAGGGGAGGGGUUCACAGGAGCGAAGGGAGACCAGGGGCUGCCUGGGGAGGCUGGUUCACCGGGGGAGAGAGGAGCGGGAGAGCCUGGGCCGAAGGGUGAACCAGGGUUUACUGGGUUCGCUGGGGUACCUGGACUUCCAGGAGAAGAUGGAGCUCCUGGUCAGAAGGGAGAGCCAGGGGUUCUAGGUUCAAGGGGACCUGAAGGGGCACCAGGGGUUGGCACUCAGGGGGAGAAGGGUGACCAAGGCCAACGAGGUGUGCGGGGAUUGUCUGGGCCAAAUGGCGUGUCUGGACCCUCAGGGCCAAAGGGUGAGCCAGGUAGUGCUGGGCGAAUUGGAUUUCCAGGGAUGCCCGGACGUUCACAGGUUGGACCAAAGGGUGAUAUUGGUUCAGCUGGACCAGCCGGCCCAAUCGGAGAGGCUGGCUAUGGAUUUCCUGGUCCAAAAGGUGACCGGGGAGACCAGGGUCCUGCAGGUCCAUAUGGACCCAAAGGGGAGGGAUAUCCGGGUCCUAACGGCCCUCCUGGUCUUCCAGGACUUCCUGGUGAACCUGGUCAAGAAGGGUUGGGCUUUCCUGGACCAAAGGGCGAUGUAGGCUUCAGAGGUUUGCCAGGUGUGACUGGACCUCCAGGAGAGGGGCUGCAGGGACCACCAGGAAACCAGGGAAGGCCAGGGCCUCCAGGACCAGUAGGUCCCCAAGGAAUCAGUAUCCAGGGUCCAAAGGGAGAACCAGGAUCUCAGGGGAUAACGGGGCCGAGGGGUCCCCCGGGGGAGGGGCUCCACGGGGCCAAGGGAGAUCGCGGUUCCCACGGGGAGAGAGGACUUAAGGGCAUCAAAGGAGACUUGGGAGAUGCUGGCGUUCCUGGCGAAUCAGGGAGACCAGGUGUGAAAGGAGAAGUAGGCCUCACGAGAGAAGACGUCAUCAAAUUGAUCAAGGAGAUUUGUGGCUGUGGCGUCAAGUGCAAGAACGUUCCCAUGGAGCUUGUGUUUGUCAUCGACAGCUCGGAGAGUGUUGGUCCUGACCAUUACAACAUCGUAAAGAACUUUGUGGCGGCGCUGGUGGACCGUGUGACCAUCGGUCAUAACGCCACGCGCGUGGGCUUGGUCCUCUACAGCCAUGAGGUCAAAACUCAAUUUGAACUGACAACCUACACCAAUAAGCAGGACGUCAAGCAGGCGGUCCGUAACAUGCCCUACAUGGGCGAGGGCACCCACACGGGCAGCGCUAUCCGCAUGGCCAUACGGGCUUUCAACAGCGCUCGACCCAGCGUGCGGAAGGUGGCAGUGGUCAUCACAGACGGGCAGACGGACAAGCGUGACCCCGUCAAGCUGGACAUCGCCGUGCGGGAAGCGCACGCCAUUAACGUGGAGAUGUACGCGCUGGGCAUCGUGAAUGCCAGCGACCCAACGCAGGCGGAGUUCCUGCACGAGCUCUACCUCAUCGCCUCCGAUCCCGACAGCGAACACACCUACCUCAUAGAUGAUUUCAACACGCUGCCAGCUCUGGAAAGUAAACUGGUCAACCAGUUCUGUGAGGACGAUUCUGGUGCUUUGAUAUACAACCGUGUCAGUGGCUACCUUAACGGCUUCAAUGGUUACAACGGUAACAAUGGCCAACGCAAUCUUAUCCCUAACACCAAUGGCUAUGGAAACAACAACAGACAAACACUGAACGGGAGAAAUCCACUGACGCCCACUGACACACACUCUGAAACACAUAGAGACACACACACAUCAUCACACUCUGGAACCCAUAGUGGCACACACACCUCACCACACUCUGGAACCCAUAGUGGCACACACACGAGUACCCAUUCUGGAACACUUAGCGGUACACACACAGGGACACACUCAACAUCACACUCUGGCACACACACAGGUACACACACUGGAACACACUCAGGUCGGGACCGCAUACACACUGCUGUCAUCGGAGGAAGAACAGAGCAUGGUGGUGGUGCCACUGGAGACACACACACUUUGACCCACCGCCAUGACAACAGGACAUCUGUCAACAGGACGUCCACGUCGUCUGUUACGUACGUCCCUGCUCCUCAACCCCCUUUCCCUGAAGAGAUAGUACCUCUGGACCCCCGCUGUGAGCUGCUGCUGGACCCGGGCUCGUGUCGUGAGUACAUCAUCCGCUGGUACUAUGACCGGCAGGCCAACGCCUGCGCCCAGUUUUGGUACGGAGCCUGUGAAGGAAACCGCAACCGCUUCGACACGGAGGAGGAGUGCAAGAAGACCUGCGUGGGCAGGAGAGCAGAUGGCUAACGCAGAGGAUCCAGAGCGUCUGAACACCUCAUGUGUCCUGCACCCCCCCCCCCCCCCCC